AUGUUAGAUACUACGUCAGUAGUUCUGAUCAGUUGUUUUGAAUUAAUAUACAUUGGACAAGUCAUUUCCCACGUGUGGCGCUUAUUUAUUGAUAAUAAACUGUUUGUGGUUUUGUCUAAACUAGAAACGAUUCACGAAAUAUUGAUACAACUAAAUGUGGUCAGACCAAUGAAAGUAAAAAUGAAUUGGCUUUUCAUUAUUGGAAUUAUUUUAAAUUGUAUAGGAUUCAAUAUACAUUUGGUCGUAACUAUUAAACGAAAUUAUUUUCAAGUCGUACAAUCAUUGUUAACCCCGGUCAAUAUGGUCGCCGCAAGUUUUUGUCAAUGCUUUGCAUUUUAUGAAUAUAUACUACUGAUAUUAUACAUACAGUGGAUGGUAUACAUGAUAAAUGAACAAAUUCUGGAAAAAGGGUCAAGUGUAUGUACAUUAAGGGAUAUGCAUUUGGAAGUUGUUGAAUGCUUAAAAGAUAUAAAUAGAUCUAUAUACGGUUUAUCAGCUGUAGUGAGUUUUAUCGCGUCAAACAUCUGUCAAAUCAUAUUAACACUUUAUUAUCAUGUAAUAUUUUCGAGAAACAUUUACAUCGAAGGUGAGUUUUUAUAUGCCAUCAUAUCAAUAUUGACAAGGCUUAUCAAUAUUAUGGUAUUAUAUGGAAUUGGUCAUGCCACAGAAAAAGAGAUAAAUCGUAUGAGUCUUGUCUUACAUAAACGAUCCAUUAUAGAAAACAAUCCUCGAAUAAAACGUCAGAUAAAAUUUUUUAUACUACGAAGAUUGCACGAAUACUAUCACUUUGAGCUAUAUGGAAUAUGUCAGAUUAAUCCAAGACAACUACUUAUUUUAUCAAACAAAGCUUUUGCAUACUUAGUGAUUCAAACUCUGUUCAAAUUAAAUAAAAAAUAA